CUAACGUUUGAAAACACGAGGACGUAUUUCCCCCAGCCCAAGAUGGAAACACAAGGGCAUGUUGAAAAAAUGACGAUGGCGCCACAAAACCUGUCUAGGGUCGGGUUCAUCGACCUGAUGUCUGUCGCCCACCCGCUGGUGGAGCCCGGCACCCACACGACCUUCACCGUGGUGACCCGGGUCUCCCUGGUGCCAGGCAUAGAACACGAGCUCUGUCUUCUCAGAAUGACGUCACCCGUUGAUCGCCAGCGGAUCUCGUGCUGGCCAGUGGGUCACAAGGUCGUCUACCUGCACAGCUUCUCCUUGACACUGACCAGAGCCGUCGUGAUGGUCAGCCCGCUCUACCUGAAGGGUGCGGCCUGUAUCCUUGCCACGGCGGCUCCGUUUGAGUGCUUCGAGUGGCUCCCACACGAGCCGUCUGUCUUGUACGUCAUAACCUUGUCCACGGGGAAGGUCACCGCCGUCAAGGUCACGCCCCCCUCUGUGUUUUCCCUCCACCACAUCAACGCGUACGACACGUCUGCCGGCACUAUCGUUAUGGACGUCGUCAGCCACCAAAACACGGACGUCCUGCAGGGGCUGAUGCUGGACGUCCUGAGAGAUCCCGUCAGGAGGGACAGCCUGGACGUGCACGCGAUGGUCGUGCGGGUCACCAUCUGGCUCGAUGACGUCAGGGCCAGCGUCACGCGCCUGGACGCAACAGACGAGCCAACGGUCGCUUCCCGCUUGGAGUUUCCGGCCAUCAACGAGCUCUACCGGUCACGUGACUACUGCUACGUGUACGGGAUAGUUCUAAAGGCAGACCACGUGACCUUCAGCAAGAUGCUGCUGGUCAAGAAGGAUCUGUGCGCCGGUGGAAAACGGGACCUCCAUCUGUAUAUACCCGGGAUUUAUUUUCUAGAACCUUCAUUCGUAGCGAACCCCCGCGCCGCCUCGGAAGAUGACGGCGUUUUGAGCCAACAUAAAGCCCCCCCCCCCCCACCCCACCGCCCUCCUAUUCCCAUAUCCACCAUCCUCCCAACGCCCAACAAUAAUGUAAAAGAGACACAACCUGAGUUAUCGAAAAAAUUGAUUGUCUGCCCCUGCUGA